AUGGCUGCAGCAAAUGGAUCGGAUCAGCCACGGCUGUUGACUGUCGCUGCCGCGCAAAUGGGCCCAGUAAAAAGUCUCUCAACACCCAGGUCAGAGACCUUAGAGCGAAUGCUCAAAUUGCUCGAGCAGGCUGCCGAGAAGCAUGUCAAACUUCUGGUAUACCCCGAGCUAGCUUUCACCACAUUCUUCGCGUCCUACAUCAUCAAAGACCCCGCUGAGCUCGCCAAAUUUUUCGAGCAAGCAUCACCCUCGGAUCCCUACGCCUUCGUCAACUCUCCCAACAUCAAGCCCCUCAUUGACCGCACCAACGAGCUAGGAAUUGACCUCUACUUUGGCUUUGGCGAGCGCUGGGUUGACGACGCUAGCAAUACUGAUUACAACACGGCUGUGUACUACUCAGCCUCGCAGCGCAAGUGUCUAGCAAAGUACAGAAAAGUGCACCUCCCCGGACGGAAAGAGCCACUCACCACUCCUGGAUUCGCACAGCAACUAGAGAAGCGGUACUUUACUGUCGGCGAUCAGGGUUUCCAAGCUUUCCGAGCUCCAGGCUUAGUAGAUGGUGCUCUGAAGGCCAAAGAUGUUGAUUCAGCCGCUGCUCCAACGGCGAACCAAGGCAAAGGUGAUCCUAUCAUCGGGAUGCUCCUGUGCAACGAUCGUCGAUGGGUUGAAGCAUGGAGGUGCUACGGACUCCAGGGCGUCGAGCUUCUACUAGAGGGCUACAAUACCACAGCCUUCGCCCCGCAAUACGAAGGCACCCCCGAGUGGCAAGAGCGAGAAGCCCUCCACCACCACCGCCUCUCCUGCCAAGCCGGGAGCUACCAGAAUGCGUGCUUCAGCAUUCACUCCGCCAAAGCUGGCGUGGAAGAUCACGGGUCGCUCAUCGGCGGGUCGAGCAUCGUCGACCCCAACGGCCAUAUCAUUGUUGAAGCGAAGACAAAGGAGGAUGAGCUUGUGUGUGCGACGAUUGAUCUUGCAAAGUGCCGGAAGGGAAAGGGGAGAGUAUUUGCGUUUGAUGAUCAUAGGAGGACGGAACAUUAUGCGAGAUUGUUGGAGCAAACUGGAGUAAUCGAGCCGGAGUUUCUAGAAUAA